AUGCUCAGAACUACGCGCCUCGAGGAAAUGGUGAAUCCAGCUCGCCUCCAAGAGCUGAUGAACAAACUUCCCUCUGCUAUCUUGAACCUACCCAUAUUAGCAAGCUUGGUUGUUUUCUACGUUCUUGUCUCAUACACAUACGCCUGGUUCCGCCUUCGCCAUAUCCCUGGCCCAUUCUUGGCAUCUUUUUCUUACCUUUACAUACUAUGGACAGAGCUCGGCUUCCGACAGGGGGAUAGAAUGGGAGACCUCUGCAAGAAAUACGGCAACCUUGUCCGCAUUGGACCAAACGAUGUUCUCACCGGCGACCCAGACUUCGUUCGUCGCAUAAACGGAGCGCGAUCUCGUUACAGCCGUGCACAGUACUACAGAUCUACGAGACUCACGGCUGACCACGACAACCUCUUCUCCAUCACUGACACAGGUGCCCAUGAUAGAUUGAAAGCCCGGAUGACCUACGGAUACGGGGGCAAGGACGUCCCCAGCAUGGAGAGUGACAUGAAUGAAGUACUGUCACUGCUCGUUCACAUACUAAAAUUUCAGUAUGCGAGCAGCGGCAGGACAGUUGACUUUGCAACCCUGUCCCGAUACUUCGCUUUGGAUGUGAUCACCAAGAUUGCCUACGGCGAAGAGUUUGGCUUCAUGAAGAGCGACCAGGACCUAUACGGCAUUGUUUAUGAGGGCCAGGGUUUCAUGAAGGCCAUGGCUAUCUCGGCCGAGGUUCCUUGGUUGAGUGCGCUCUUCAUUAAUCCAACGCUUCAGAGGCUGUUUGGCCCCCGUCCUGAUGAUAAAAGAGGUUUCGGUGUGACGCUCGGACUUGCCAAGAAGGUUGUCGGUGAACGCUUCGGCCCAGAAGCCAAGGACAAAAUGGACAUGCUUGCAAGUCUCGACUCUCAGCCUCGCGGAUCAUUCGUGCGCCAUGGCCUUACCCAGAGAGAGUGCGAGGCAGAAGUUCCUUUCCAGAUCAUCGCAGGAUCAGACACUACGGCUAGGACGAUCCGGGGGACUAUGCUCUAUCUCAUGGCGGCCCCCAAUGCAUAUCAUACUUUGCAAAAGGAGAUCGACAAUGCCGUUAGACAGGGCAUUGUCUCGAACCCUGUCAGGGUUGAAGAAGCUAAAAGAUUACCGUACUUACAGGGUUGUAUCUACGAGGGACUCCGUCUGAGUGUGCCUGUGACCAUUCUAGGCUUCAAGCAAUGCCCACCAGAAGGUUUGAAAGAUCCUUCACGUUACAGGACCAGGUAUGCUGAUUCGUGCGGUGCAGGGGACACAACCGAAGGCCACUCCAUUCCAGGUGGCACCCGAGUCGCAGUUGCCGCCAAGAGCCUCAUGACAAGUGCCAAAGUGUUUGGCGACGACGCCGACGUGUUCCGGCCUGAGAGAUGGUUGAAUCUAGACAUUGAUACAAAGCGUGUAAUGACCGACACGGCCGAACUCAUCUUCGGCUACGGGCGAUGGGCUUGCAGCGGUAAGCCUGUGGCCAUGAUAGAACUGAAUAAAGUCUUCAUCCAGCUGGUCAACCCGCAGAAGCCCUUUGACCAAUGUGACAACAUCAACAUUCACAUGGACAGGGGCAUGUGGGUAAGGGUGACUGACCGUAAUCUGACUGGCGGUGCAACAAAUGCUUACUGA